AGGAUAAUAUUUUCUUAUAUUCAAUGAUAUUCUACAAUGAUACUAAAUGAGACCCAUAUAUCAUCAAUCAACCUUUAACCAACUAAAUUGAACCAGUCUCAUAGAAUGACAAGUUAUUUCAAUAAAUGAUUUUGUAAACAGUACUGCAAUAAUAGCACUCGAUUAGAUAAUGGUUCUUCAAUUGAUCAAUUCCAUGACAUAAAUUUUAUGAUGUAAAUUUGCAUAGUUAAAAGGAAAUUGCUUCAAAUAAGAAGCAGCAGUCAGUCUUUAUAUUCAGUGCGUGAUACAUGUAUCUAGAUAGUAUGUUGGAAUCAUAGAAUAUCAUCUGUAAUUGUGAAAAUUUAAUUUCUAUUCUUGAUAAAAAUCUAAACACAAUAAAAAACUAAUACAUUGUAUUUAUAUACAACUUUAUCUGCAAUGUAUCUAUUUUAAAUUGAUAAUAUUACAUGUGUUUUGUGUACAAGUAAUGUUAUUAUAACAAUCGAACGUAGAAAUUAUUUAUUAUCUUGACGAAAACUAUAUUGACAAAACAUUACUGUAACGUUCUCUUCUUGCGUAAUCAUUUGUAAUGGAGUUCUCUACUUUAAUUCUGAUUAUCAUUACGACAUGUAUCUGUCUAUAUUAUUUUAUUUCGAGCAAGCUGUCUCAUUUCAAGCGGUUAAAUAUCCCACACGUGCGGCCGAUUCCAUUAUUGGGCCACAUGGCGCCUUUCAUUUUCCGACGUUUGUCUCUAGAAGAAAACAUUCGCAGAAUAUACAACUUGCUCCCGGAUGUGAAGUAUUUCGGUUUCUACGAGUUUAUGACGCCAAUCUAUGUGAUUCGUGACCCGGAAAUGAUCACCACAAUUGCCAUUAAAAACUUUGACAACUUCUGUGAUCACCGUGAUCUGUUAAACAAAGAAAUCGAACCGUUAAUGAGUAAGAAUCUAUUCGCCAUAAACGGCGAUUAUUGGCGCGAGAUGCGGAAACUCCUCAGUCCUACUUUCACAUCCGGGAAAAUAAAAAUAAUGUUUAAAUUAAUAUGCGAGUGCGCAGAAAACCUUACCAAUUUCAUAACGAAUGAUUCUGGAAAUAUCGGCAAGACAUACGAUAUGAAAAAUGUACUGAGCAGAUAUGCCAACGACGUAGUGGCCACGUGUGCUUUCGGCAUAAGUGUGGAUUCCUUCAAACAUCCAAACAAUGAGUUCCUUCUUCUCGCUAAAGAAGCCGCGAAGUUCACUAGUAAUCCUCUCAAAAUCUUAAUAAAUAAAAAUUUUCCGCUACUUGGAAGACUUCUCAGAUUGAAACUAUUCAGCUCAAGGAUACAAAACUUCUUCAAAGAAGUUAUUGCUGAUACAGUCAAGACUAGGGAUGAGCAGAAAAUUAUUCGUCCGGACAUGAUUCAUCUGAUGAUGGAGAAAAGAGAUAAAGAUCACGGUCUUACGAUCGACAUCGACGAGAUGACUGCCCAUGCAUUUGUCUUUCUCAUCGCUGGAUUCGAUUCGACAUCAUCAGCUAUGUGCUUCCUAACACAUGAAGUCGGAACCAAUUUUGAUAUCCAGAAUAAAUUGAGAACUGAGAUUGAUGAUAUUCUUACUCAGACUAACGGAAAACCCACUUAUGAAGCCAUCAGCCAAAUGAAAUACUUGGAUGGCGUUGUAAACGAGACUCUUAGAUUGUACCCACUGGGGUCUUUUCUCGAUAGAUUAUGCGUGAAAGAAUUUAUAUUACCACCAGCGACUACGGACGGGGAACCGAUCACGGUGAAGCCCGGAGACAACAUCUGGUUUCCGCAUUAUUCUUUGCAUCGCGAUCCUAAAUAUUAUUUUCAACCGGACAAGUUCGAUCCCGAUAGAUUCCUGAACGGUGAAGUAGACAACUCGGUUUACAUGCCGUUCGGUAUUGGACCUAGAAUUUGCAUAGCUAACAGAUUUGCCCUGAUAAAAUUAAAGAUUAUGAUAUUUUAUCUGCUAUGGCGUUGCGAUCUCGAACCCGAUAUUAAGACUAGGAUUCCCAUAGUAUUAAGCAAAAAAUCUUUUGUGAUGACGUCGGAAAAUGGUUUCUGGUUAAAAUUGCGAGCGAGGAAAUCGAAGACUCCUGCUACGUAGCUUUUAAUGAAAGUUUGAUGCAAAGAUUAACUAUAUGUAUAACUUUAUUUUAAACAAGGAAUUGUAUUUAAACUAUAUUUUAA